GAGAGAGAGGGGCCAGGCAAAGGAGAGCGAGGGAGUGAACGAGUGAGGAGCAGCCGAGGAGUGCGGAGAGCAUCCGACUUGGGCAAGUGUAUAUUAUGGGGUGGCCGCUGAGCCCAGUUUCCUUCCUCCUCUUCCUCUUCUGGCUGGGAGCUUCUUGGGAGGCGCAUGUGCCCCAGCCCGUCACCAUCCAUCAUCCUUCCACCAUCCCAUCCAACGCAACCGUUUUCUCUCAUGUCUAUACCAUAAAGCUGGCCGGAGACGUCACCGAAGGCGAGGUGGCCUCCUCUUCUCCGCAAGAGGCCUUGGGCCCCCCUGGGUCCUCCCGGGGAGGAGGUCUCUUUGAGCACACCCUAGAAGGGCCGGAUCAGGAGCACGUGGUUUUCACCCAUCGCAUCAAUCUUCCGCCCCAGACCUGCGGGUGCCCUCCAGGGACCGAGGACACCCGGGAGCUUCUGAGGCGACUGCAGGCUCUAGAAAAUGAAGUGCGGACGCUAAGAAACACUUGCCAAGCCGGGGGAGGCGGUUGUUGCCCUGCUGCCUCCUCUACCCAGGCUAGUACAGGCCAAACAGACAUACGCACCUUGUGUUCACAUCAUGGUUCCUUCAACCUCUCUCGUUGUCAGUGUGAUUGUGAGGCGGGUUGGGGCGGCCCAACCUGCGCGGAGCCAGCCUGUCCCGGGGGCUGCGGCGGCCCACAGCGGGGCAGGUGUGUGAACGGCCGGUGCCAGUGCCACCCCGGUUACUCGGGCGUCCGCUGCGAAGAGCCACCUUCCUGCCCCGACGACUGUAAUGACCAAGGCCGUUGUGUGGACGGACGUUGCCAGUGCUUCCGGGGAUACGUCGGCCCUUCCUGCUCCGAUCCAGCCUGCCCCGAGGACUGCCAGGGCCGGGGGAAAUGCAUGUCGGGACGGUGCGUGUGCGACCCAGGUUACUCCGGAGCUGACUGUGGGAGCCGGGCAUGUCCGAGUAACUGCAACCGGCGGGGAGAAUGCCGUGAUGGGCGUUGCGUGUGCGAGCCGGGAUUUACAGGGCCGGCCUGUGGCACGAAGGCCUGUCCCAACCAUUGCAACCAGAGAGGUCGCUGCCUGAAGGGAGGAGUGUGUGAAUGCCACAAAGGGUACACCGGGCUGGAUUGCGGGCAACUGGCAUGCCCGGAGGACUGCAGCGGUCAUGGGGAAUGUCAGAACGGGGUGUGCCUGUGCCACGACGGUUAUUCUGGAGAUGACUGUGCCAUAGAGAUUCCCUCCAUUGGCAUCCGCGUGUCAAAUCGAGAUGAAACAUCUUUCCGUCUGGAGUGGAACCGUCCAGAGGUUUCUGUGGAUGGCUACGAGGUCCAUGUGGUACCCAUGAAGGAACGUCAGGACGGUGAAUCCAUCCGCUUGCCCGGCUCUGAGACCGUCUUUGAACGAAAAGGGUUGAAGCCUGGGGAAGAAUAUGUCGUGACCAUCCGGACGGAAAAAGGACAGCGCUACGGGCCCCCUGUCACCCAGACCGUGCGCACACGGGUGGCUCCUCCCUAUGGCCUACAGUCCUCACGGGUGACGGAAGACUCCAUGACUUUGCAGUGGGAACCUCCCAGCUCUCCCCCCGACGGCUACAUCUUGAGCUACAUCCCGGUGGGCGCCCCUCGGCCCGUUCAAGCCGCCAAACGCAUUGAGCUUCCAGCAACCCCGGAAAGUGUCACCUUGACAGACCUGGAGAGCAACACCCGAUACCGCCUCACCCUCAUCGCUCGCCAGAAAGGAGAGAAUAGCCGAGCCACCAGCGUUGUCGUCAGCACUACUGCACUAGCUCCAAGGCAACCCGUCCGCCGCUACUCAACACCGUCCCCCUCCUUCCAGCCAAAGCCUGGCACUUCCUCCUCCUCCUCCUCCGAACAUGAAAACUGGAAGCCAAGCACUGGGUCGCAGCUGGGCCCCAGCCCUUCCAACUCCACCUCAAGGGCCAAGGAGCUCUUCCUGAGGAAGAUGACGCAGAACAUCUCGGACAAGCUUUCCUCCUACAACGGGACCCUCCUCGAGCGCUUGGAGAGCUACCUCCGGGCCACGAACUUCCCUGCCCAGGGCAAUCGGACCAUCGAGGCGGUGGCCAGGGACAUCUACCUCUACCUUGUCCGAUGGAAGCCGAAGGAGUUCCAAGAGAGAGUCAAGGAGAGGCUUGUGGAGGAGACGAGCGAUAUGUUCCCCCCAAGCAGCUCCCCUGUGGUGGGGGGAGCCAAAAGUGUCUACUCGGAGGGAUACCUCCGUCCGGAGCACGCCAAACCAUCGGUGAUCACCAGCUCUCCAGAUGGCAUCGAAGUGUCCUUGGAUGGCGUGAGAGGGGUCUCGGACAACGUGGUGAUACGCUUCCGAAACACCAAGGAUGGAGCAGGAGGGGAAGUCGUGGUCCCCGGAGACACGUCCAUGGCAGUCAUCACCGGCCUGGAUCCGGGCACCACCUACCAGGUGGAGAUCCACGGUGUGGUGAAAGGACAUUCCUCUAAGUCGUACUCUUUUAUCACUUCCACAGCUCCCGCAUCACCGACUCCUGCCAAGACCCAGCCAGUCCCGACCACCACCUUAAGCCCUGAACUGCCACUGAAGGACCUCGCGGUGACGGACGUCUCUCCAAACAGCCUCCGGGUGACUUGGUCAGCCCAGCCCAAUGCCUACCGCAGCUUUGCCCUUCAGUAUAGGGACCCCAAAUCCACCGCACCCCCUGGGGAAAUCAAAGUCCCAGGGACGGAGCGGAGCGUUGAUGUGGUGGGGCUGAGCCCCAGGACAGAGUACGAACUGCAGCUGCAUGGGGAGAAGCCCAGCGGACGCUACGAUGCUCCGCUCACGACAAAGGCAUCAACAGCAGCAGAAAUACAGAAGCCCAGCUUAGGCGAAAUCUCAGUCUUGGAAGUCACAGACCACUCUGCCCGCCUGUCCUGGAAUGUGGCCACUGGGACCUUCGAUUCCUUCCUGAUCCAGUAUAAAGACGCUGACGGCAAACCAAAGUCAGUGCCGGUGGGUGGAGAUUCCCGCGAAGCUACUCUCUCCGAGCUGGUACCCUCCCGAAAAUACAAAUUCAACGUCUAUGGACUAGUGGGCCGCAAGCGUUUCGGUCCCGUUUCAACAGAAGCUGUCACAGCAAAGCCGGAUAGGAAGGUGACAGCUCCCCCCAGCUUGGGAGAACUUUCUGCCUCCGACACGACCAGCGAUUCUGUCCGUUUGUCCUGGAGUGUCCCAUCCGGGAACUUCGACUCCUUCGUGGUCCAGUACAAGGAUGCUGAAGGCAGGCCCCAAGUGCUGCCCGUGGAGGGGGACGCCCGCGAGGUCACGAUCCCCAGUCUGGCUCCUUCCCGGAGAUACCGAUUCAACCUCUAUGGCAUUGCCAGUCGCAAACGUCUCGGCCCUGCCACCACCGAUGUCACCACAGCAGCUGCCCAGGAGACGGCGCCCAAACCUCUGCUCGGGGACCUCUCCGUCCUCGAGGCCACAAGCGACUCUGUCCGUCUCGCCUGGAGCGUCCCCGAAGGCCACUUUGACUCUUUCUUACUACAGUACCGAGAUUCCGAGGGCAAGGAACAAACGCAGCCUGUGAACCAAGAUUCCCUGGAGGCGACCGUUUCCAAUUUAAGGCCUUCCCAAACGUACCGGUUCAACCUUUAUGGCAUCUCCGGGGACCAACGCCUGGGCCCCGUUUCAGCUGAUGCUGCCACAGUCCCUAUAGCAGUUUCUCAGGAAACCAAAAAGGAGACGCCGGAUGAGCCCCUCUUGCCUCAGCCCAGCCUGGGGGAGCUGUCGGUCUCUGAGGUCACCAGCGAUUCUCUCCGCCUCUCUUGGACGGUCCCAAUGGGGAACUUUGACUCGUUUCUCAUCCAGUACAAGGACUCCGAGGGCAAGACUCAGAUGCUACCCACCAAGGGGAGUUCCCGCGAGAGGACCAUCUCCAACCUCGCUCCUUCCCACAGAUACAAGUUCAACUUGUAUGGAGUCUCCGGGUUGACAGCAGUACUGCAGUUUAACCACUGCGUCACGAGGCUUUCCUGGGACAGGGGAAGACCAUGGGCUUUAAACGUCCCUAUAGCAGUUUCUCAGGAAACCAAAAAGGAGACGCCGGAUGAGCCCCUCUUGCCUCAGCCCAGCCUGGGGGAGCUGUCGGUCUCUGAGGUCACCAGCGAUUCUCUCCGCCUCUCUUGGACGGUCCCAACGGGGAACUUUGACUCUUUUCUCAUCCAGUACAAGGACUCCGAGGGCAAGACUCAGAUGCUACCCACCAAGGGGAGUUCCCGCGAGAGGACCAUCUCCAACCUCGCUCCUUCCCACAGAUACAAGUUCAACUUGUAUGGAGUCUCCGGGCGCAAGCGCUCGGGCCCCAUCUCAGCAGAUGCCACCACAGCCUCGCAGGACGUGGAGGCGCAGGCUGAAAUCCAGCCCAGCCUGGGGGAGCUCUCGGUUUCGGACAUCACCAGAAAUUCUGUCCGUCUGUCCUGGACCGUCCCCGCCGGGAACUUUGACUCUUUUCUCGUCCAGUACAAGGAUGCAGAUGGCAAGCUCCAGUCACUUCCUGUGCAGGGGGAUUCCCGGGAGGUCCUAGUCCCCAACCUAGCUCCUUCCCACAGGUACAAGUUCAACCUGUACGGAGUCUCCGGCCGCAAGCGCUCAGCACCCGUCUGGAUGGAUGCCACCACAGCUCCUGCAUCACCAACUCCUGCCAAGACCCAGCCAGUCCCGACCACCACCUUAAGCCCUGAAGUGCCACUGAAGGACCUCGCGGUGACGGAUGUCUCUCCAGACAGCCUCCGGGUGACUUGGUCAGCCCAGCCCAAUGCCUACCGCAGCUUUGCCCUUCAGUAUAGGGACCCCAAAUCCACCGCACCCCCUGGGGAAAUCAGAGUCCCAGGGACGGAGCGGAGCGUUGACGUGGUGGGGCUGAGCCCCAGGACAGAGUACGAACUGCAGCUGCAUGGGGAGAAGCCCAGCGGACGCUACGAUGCUCCGCUCACAACAAAGGCAUCGACAGCCUCACAGAACGUAGAGGAGCAGGACGCUGUUCCACCCAGCCUAGGAGAGCUGUCCGUCUCUGAGGUCACCCCCGAUUCCGUACGUCUCUCUUGGACUGUCCGCACGGGGAACUUUGACUCGUUUCUCGUCCAGUACAAGGAUUCCCAGGGCAAGACCCAGGCUCUCCCUGUGGAUGGGGUCUCCCGUGAGGUCCAUGUUUCCAGCCUGGUUCCUUCCCACAGAUACAAGUUCAACCUCUUUGGCGUCUCGGGGCGCAAGCGUGUGGGCCCCCUCUCCACCGAAGCCACGACAGCCUCCACUACAACUUCCCGGGAAGGGGAAGCCGCCGCUCAGCCCAUCCUGGGAGAGCUCUCAGUCUCUGACGUUUCCAGCCGUUCCAUUCACCUCUCUUGGACCGUCCGGUCUGGCAACUUUGACUCUUUCCUAGUCCAGUACAAGGACGCCGAAGGCAAGCUGCAGACGUUGCCGGUGGAGAGGGAUUUCCGUGAUAUCAUUGUCCCCAACCUGAUUCCUUCCCGCAGAUAUAAGUUCAACCUGUACGGUGUCUCUGGGCGUAAGCGCUCAGCACCCGUCUCCACGGAUGCCACUACAGGCCCAGCACCGUCAAUAUCGCCAGAAGAAGUGGACAUCUCGGCCCCCACACAGCCCAGGCUUGGGAAACUCUCGGCUUCCAACAUUUCUAGCGAUUCCCUCCGGCUUUCCUGGACUAUCCUUGCAGGGAAUUUUGACUCUUUCUUGAUUCAGUACAAAGAUGCCGAGGGCAAGCCUCAGGCUCGGCCUGUGGAUGGCGGGGCCCUCCGUGAAGUCACCAUCUCUGACCUCGCGCCUUCCCAUCGGUACCAGUUCAACCUUUAUGGAGUCUCUGGGCUCAAGCGAAUUGGCCCCAUUUCCACUGAGGCUGAGACAGCCCCGCUGAUGGAGAAACCUACUCCUCCCAUCAGGCUGGGGGAACUGACAGCUGCCAACGCCAGGCCAAACUCUCUCGAUCUCUCCUGGACUGUCGAAGAGGGGACUUUUGACUCUUUUAUCGUCCAGUAUCGAGAUGCUCAAGGCAAACCCCAAGCCCUCCCGGUGGACGGGAGCCUGCGUUCUCUUCACCUCCACGACCUGGCUCCCUCUCACCGAUACAAAAUCAACCUGUACGGCAUCUUUGGCAGAAAACGCCUUGGUCCUGUCUCCACCGAAGCAGUGACAGCGCCCUUGCCAACCACGCCACCACCUCGACCCACCUUGGGACAGCUCUCGGUCUCAAAUGUCACUCGCGAUUCUGUUCAUCUUUCCUGGACGGUUCCCACUGGAAGCUUCGACUCCUUCGUGAUCCAGUACAAGGACGCAGAGGGAAAGCCACAGUCGCUGCCUGUGGAGGGGGAGACCCGUGAGGUCACGGUCCCCGGCUUGGUUCCUUCCCGCAGAUACAAGUUUAACCUCUAUGGAGUCUCUGGGAAAAAGCGUGUUGGGCCCAUUUCUACUGAUACGCUCACAGCAUCGUUACCAGAGGAACCUCCAAGUUUGGGGGAACUCUCUGUUUCAGAUAUCACCAGCGAUUCCGUCCGUCUCUCUUGGACAAUCCGCACUGGGAGUUUUGAUACUUUCCUGAUCCAGUACAAGGAUGCCCAGGGCAAGCCUCAAUCAAUCCCAGUGGAGGGAGUCUUUCGUGAGCUCACUGUCCCAAAUCUCAUCCCAUCCCGCAGAUACAAAUUCAACCUCUACGGAGUCACUAGCCGCAACAAGCGACUUGGCCCUGUUUCGACGGAUGCUGUCACAGCAUCUCCUCCAGCCGAAACAAUAGCUCCGCCCAGCUUGGGACAACUCUCUGUAUCUAACCUCACUACUGAUUCCGCCCAUCUCUCCUGGACCGUCCGUACAGGGAACUUUGACUCUUUCUUAAUCCAGUACAAAGACGCUGAAGGCAAAACCCAGGCGUUGCCCUUGGAGGGAAACGCCCGCGAGGCCACCAUCCCUGGCCUCUCACCUUCCCGACGAUACAAGUUCAACCUUUUUGGGCUUGUAGGCCGGAAACGCCUUGGCCCCGUCUCUGCUGAUGCAGUCACAGCCUCUACAGUAAAGAAGGAAGAGCCAGCGAAGCCCAGCCUUGGAGACCUUUCCGUGUCCGACGUCACCAGCAAUUCUGCUCUUCUCUCCUGGACCGUCGCUACAGGAAACUUUGACUCCUUCCUUAUCCAGUACAAGGAUGCAGAGGGCAAAACCCAGGCACUCCCCGUGGAGGGAACGUCUCGUGAGGUCACGGUUUCAAACCUGGCCCCUUCCCGCAGAUACAAGUUCAACCUUUUCGGCCUUUUUGGUCGCAAGCGCCUUGGCCCCGUCUCCUCUGAGGCCACGACAGCUAAACCAGAGGAGGAAGAGCAGAAAGAAGAAGAGGAAAAGGAGGAAGAAGACAGAAGGCAUAAACCUCGCUUGGGGGAACUCAAGGUCUCGGAAACCAACAGCGAUUUCGUCCGUCUGUCGUGGAGUGUCCCAGCUGGGAGUUUUGACUCCUUCCUUGUUCAAUAUGAGGAUGGAGAAGAUGACAUACAGACAUUGCCUGUGGAUGGGACCGCACGUGAGGUCACAGUCCCUAACCUGGUUCCCUCCCAGAGAUAUCGAUUUGAGCUUUAUGGCAUCUCCAAGGGAGAACGCCUUGGCCCAGCAUCCACCAGCACUAUCACAGCUCCGGCAGCGCAAGAGCAAAAAGUACAAGCGACAGCCACGCCACCUCCAGAGCCCAAACUGGGGGAGCUCUCUGUGUCCGAGGUCACCGAGGACUCUGUCCGUCUCUCUUGGGAUGUCCCCACUGGGACGUAUGACUCCUUCUUGGUCCAGUACGUGGAUGCUGAAGACAACCCACAGGAGAUCCCUGUGGACAAGGAGACCAACUCAGUAGUGAUCUACUACCUGGUGCCUUCCUACAGAUAUAUAUUCUACUUGUAUGGUGUUUCUGGACGGAGGCGCUUGGAACCCAUCUCCGUCAGUGUGGUUACAGUUACGACAGGUGGUGAAGCAAAGGAAGAAGAGGAAAAGGCGGAGAACGAGGGUCCUGCCGGCACCGAGCCCCGCUUGGGGCAGCUUUCGGUCUCCGAAGUCACCAGCGACGCUGCCCGUCUCUCUUGGACGGUCCCCGCGGGAAGCUUUGAUUCUUUCUCAGUCCAGUACAAGGAUGCCGAGGGAAGACCCCAGGCGCUGCCUGUCGGAGGGGACGCCCGGGAGGUCCUGGUCCCCAGUCUUUCCCCUUCUCACAAAUACAGGUUCAAUCUCUAUGGCAUCUCCGGAAAACAGCGCUUGGGACCCGUCUCUGCCAGUGCUGUGACAACAGCAACCGCAGGUGACGAGAAGCCACAGGAAGUGGGACCAAAGGCAGACAAAGAGAUCCCUCGUGGAAUGCAGGCGCCCCGCUUGGGGAAGCUUUCUGUCUCUGAAGUCACCAGUGAUGCUGCCCGUCUCUCUUGGACGGUCCCCGCGGGAAGCUUUGAUUCUUUCUCAGUCCAGUACAAGGAUGCCGAGGGAAGACCCCAGGCGCUGCCUGUCGGAGGGGACGCCCGGGAGGUCCUGGUCCCCAACCUGGCCCCCUCUCACAAAUACAAGUUCAAUCUCUUUGGCAUAUCCGGAAAACAGCGUUUUGGACCCGUCUCUGCCAAUGCAGUCACGACAGCAUCACCAGGUGAGGAGAAACAGCAAGAGGUACGAGAAGAGGCAGAGAACGAGGGUCCUGCCGGCACCGAGCCCCGCUUGGGGCAACUUUCGGUCUCCGAAGUCACCAGCGAUGCUGCCCGUCUCUCUUGGACGGUCCCCGCGGGAAGCUUUGAUUCUUUCUCAGUCCAGUACAAGGAUGCCAAGGGAAGACCCCAAGCCCUGCCUGUCGGUGGGGGCGCCCGGGAGGUCCUGAUCCUCAGUCUUUCCCCUUCUCACAAAUAUAGGGUCAAUCUCUUUGGCAUCUCCGGAAAACAGCGUUUGGGACCCAUCUCUGCCAACGCGGUCACGACAGCCUCAACUGGUGAGGAGAAACAGCAAGAUGUACGAGAAGAGGCGGAGAAUGAGGGUCCUGCUGGCAUUGAGCCCCGCUUGGGGGACCUUUCGGUCUCCGAAAUCACCAGCGACGCUGCCCGUCUCUCUUGGACGGUCCCCGCCGGAAGCUUUGAUUCUUUCUCAGUCCAGUACAAGGAUGCCGAGGGAAGACCCCAGGUGCUGCCUGUCGGAGGGGAUGCCCGGGAGGUCUUGAUCCCCAACCUGGCCUCCUCUCACAAAUACAAGUUCAACCUCUUUGGCAUCUCUGGGCAACGGCGUUUGGGACCCGUCUCUGCCAACGCGGUCACGACAGCCUCAACAGGUGAGGAGAAACAGCAAGAUGUACGAGAAGAGGUGGAGAACGAGGGUCCUGCUGGAACCGAGCCCCGCUUGGGGCAGCUUUCAGUCUCCGAAGUCACCAGCGACGCUGCCCGUCUCUCUUGGACGGUCUCCGCGGGAAGCUUUGACUCUUUCUCAGUCCAGUACAAGGAUGCCGAGGGAAGACCCCAGGCGCUGCCUGUUGGAGGGGAUGCCCGGGAGGUCCUGGUCCCCAACCUGGCCCCCUCUCACAAAUACAAGUUCAAUCUCUUUGGCAUCUCUGGGCAACGGCGUUUGGGACCCAUCUCUGCCAAUGCGGUCACGACAGCCUCAACUGGUGAGGAGAAACAGCAAGAUGUACGAGAAGAGGCGGAGAACGAGGGUCCUGCCGGCACCGAGCCCCGCUUGGGGCAGCUUUCGGUCUCCGAAGUCACCAGCGACGCCGCCCGUCUCUCUUGGACGGUCCCCGCGGGAAGCUUUGAUUCUUUCUCAGUCCAGUACAAGGAUGCCGAAGGAAGACCCCAGGUGCUGCCUGUCGGAGGGGACGCCCGGGAAGUCCUGGUCUCCAACCUGGCCCCCUCCCACAAAUACAAGUUCAAUCUCUUUGGCAUCUCUGGGCAACGGCGUUUGGGACCCGUCUCUGCCAAUACGGUCACGACAGGUCAGCCAAUGUGCUUGCUUUCAGAAGGAUGGGGCAGACUGUUGUUCAAUUCACUUCUUCCUCUGCCCAUUUCUUUUUUCUCUGGGCAACGGCGUUUGGGACCCGUCUCUGCCAAUACGGUCACGACAGCAUCAACAGGUGAAGAGAAACAGCAAGAUGUACGAGAAGAGGAGGAGGACGAGGGUCCUGCCGGCACAGAGCCCCGCUUGGGGCAGCUUUCUGUCUCCGAAGUCCCCAGCAAUGCUGCCCGUCUCUCUUGGACGGUCCCCGUCGGAAGCUUUGAUUCUUUCUCACUCCAGUACAAGGAUGCCGAGGGAAGACCCCAGACGCUGCCUGUCGGAGGGGACGCCCGGGAGGUCCUGAUCCCCAGUCUUUCCCCUUCUCACAAAUACAGAUUCAAUCUCUAUGGCAUCUCUGGAAAACAGCGUUUGGGUCCCAUCUCUGCCAACGUGGUCACGACAGCAUCAACAGGAGAGGAGAAACAGCAAGAUGUACGAGAAGAGGAGGAGAACGAGGGUCCUGCCGGCACCGAGACCCGCUUGGGGCAGCUUUCGGUGUCCGAAGUCACCAGCGACGCUGCCCGUCUCUCUUGGACGGUACCCGCGGGAAGCUUUGAUUCUUUCUCAGUGCAGUACAAGGAUGCCGAGGGAAGACCCCAGGCGCUGCCUGUCGGAGGGGACGCCCGGGAGGUCCUGAUCCCCAGUCGUUCCCCUUCUCACAAAUAUAGGUUCAAUCUCUAUGGCAUCUCCGGAAAACAGCGUUUGGGACCCAUCUCUGCCAAUGCUGUCACAACAGCUGCAGAAACACCUGGGGAAGCGCCCGUGGAAGAGAAGGAGCCAGGGAGGAGCAUUUCACCCAGGCUCGGAGACCUCGUAGUCUCUGAGGUCACCUCAGAUUCCCUUCUCCUCUCCUGGAGCAUCCGAGAAGGUAGCUUUGACUCCUUCCUCAUCCAGUACAAAGACGCCGCGGGCAAGCUCCAGGUCUUACCGGUGGACGGAGCCAUGCGCUCCUUCCAUCUCUACAAUUUGACACCUUCGCAGCGAUAUGAAUUCAACGUUUUCGGACUUUCCGGCAACAAGCGUCUGGGGCCCGUCUCGACCAAUGCUGUUACAGCUCCAGAACCACCUCAGGAAGAAGAAGCGGCCGUUCAACCCCAACUUGGAGAUCUGUCGGUUUCUAAGGUCGCCAGCGAUUCUGUCAGCCUGUCGUGGAGCGUCCCCGCUGGGCAUUUUGACUCUUUCCUACUCCAGUACAAAGACACGGACGGAAGACCCCAGGUGGUGCCCCUCAACGGGGACUCCCGUGAUGUCACAGUCCCCAACCUGGCCUCUUCUCACAGAUACAAGUUCAACCUUUACGGCAUUAGCGGGCCCAAGCGACUUGGUCCGAUCUCCACGGAUGCUGUCACAGGACCUCGUGCUCAGCCAGAGAAAAGAGCUCCUCUCCGGCUUGGAGAGCUGUCGGCCCAGGACAUCACGGCCGAAUCUGUCCUCCUGUCUUGGACGGUGGAAAUAGGGAAUUUCGACUCCUUUAUCAUUCAGUACCGUGAUGCCGAGGGCAAGCCCCACGCUUUGCCUGUGGACGGGAGCAUGCGUUCACUACGGCUUCAUGACUUGGUCCCCUCCCACCGGUACAGGUUCAAUCUCUAUGGUGUCUACGGACGAAAACGGUUCGGGCCCAUCUCCACGGAGGCUGUCACAGCUCCUUUAGAAAGGGUAGCUCCACCACAGCCCAGUCUGGUGGGAUUCUCAGCCUCUGACAUCAACGACACAUCCGUUCGUCUGUCCUGGAGCGUCCUGACUGGGAUUUUUGAUUCCUUCAUCGUUCAGUUCCGGGACGCGGAAGGCAAACCCCAGGCGUUUCCAGUGGGCAGAAAUGUGCUCUAUGUCAUCAUCUCCAACUUGGUGCCUUCCCACAAGUACAAGUUCAACCUCUAUGGCAUCUCUGGGCGAAAGCGCAUUGGCCCCAUCUCGGUUGAAGCAGUCACAGCCGAAGUAAAGCAACCCGAGAUCCAGCCGACGCUGGGUGAUUUUUCCAUCUCAGAAGUCACCCAGGACUCCGUUCGCCUCUCGUGGACCAUCUCCGCCGGGAAUUUUGACUCUUUCCUCAUCCUGUACAAAGAUGCUGAAGGACAGCCCCAGAGCAUCCCUGUGGAGGCGGACGCUCGCACAGUCGUCAUCUCUGACCUGAUCCCAUCCCACAGAUACAAGUUCAACCUCUACGGCCUCUCUGAAAGGAAGAGGUUUGGCCCCAUCUCCAUUGAUGCAGUCACAGCUUUCCCCGAUGCCGAGAGUAAGCCAGCCGCCAUCCUGCUCGAUCACUUGGUUGUCUCCGAGGUGACGCCCACUUCUCUGCAGCUCACCUGGAAGGUCUCAGAAGGAGAGGUGGAUUCCUUCCUGGUCCGAUCCAAGGAGUCUCUUCUGGGGAGCGGGAGGAGCCCUCCGCCUGCCAAGGAAGUGGCCGUGCCCGGGGACAAGCGUUCCGCGGUCCUUCGUGGCCUGACACCCAACACCGAAUACAGCCUUACGGUCUAUGGCAUCCGGGACGGGUCGGAAGUGGCCAACAUCAACACAGGAGCAAGGACCAGUGGGCUCGAGCUGGACAGCCCCCGAGAUCUGAGGUUCAGCGACAUUCGGGAGACCUCUGUCGUGGCGAACUGGAGACCGCCGACCUCUCGCAUCGACCGUUACAAAGUCUCCGUCCAGCCCUCCGAUGGAGGAGAGCCCAGAAGUAUCGCUGUGAAUGGAUCCAGACUCAGGACCGCCAUCGAAGAUCUGACGCCUGGGGCCAGCUAUGAGGUCACUGUCGUGUCUAUCCGUGGUUUUGAGGAAAGCGAACCUUUGGUUGGCUAUGUCACCACAGUUCCGGAUGGCCCCUCCGACCUGCGAGCCAUCAACGUGACCGAUUCCUCUGCUGUGCUGACGUGGCACCCUCCCCUGGCCGAGAUGAACAAUUACAUCGUCACCUACGGACCCCUCGGUGGUCCAAGAGUCUCUGAAUCAGUGCCAGGGAACCGGGUCCAACUGCGGUUAUCAGGUUUGCGCCGGGACACAGAGUAUCGGGCCAGCAUCUACGGGGAGAAGGAAGGGAACCGCAGCUCUCCCAUCAGUGCCACUUUCACCACUGGUGCAGACGGACCCCGUGACCUCCGCGCUAGUGAGAUCUCAGCCCGCAGCGCACGUCUCACCUGGUCGCCACCCCGCGCCUCUCCUGGCGGGUACCUGUUGAGUUAUGAGGCCCCAUCUGGACAAUCAAAGGAGAUCCCCCUGGGUGCCUCCGUCACAUCCCACGAACUCCAGGACCUCAUUCCUUCCAGCCGCUACCAAGUCCAAGUCCAGGCCUUGAGGAGAGGAACGCCGACGGCUCCCACCUCCACCUCAUUCACCACUGAACACCUGACGUACCCCUUCCCUCGGGAUUGCUCAGAGGAGAGCAUGAACGGGCCAGGACCUUCUCGGGUAACAACCAUUUAUCUGGGGGGCAACCGGGAACGCCCCGUGCAGGUCUACUGCGACAUGGAGACCGAUGGAGGAGGCUGGAUCGUCUUCCAACGUCGGAUGAAUGGUGAAACUGAUUUCUGGCGGGAUUGGCAGGAUUAUGCCACUGGCUUUGGCAACCUCACCAGAGAAUUUUGGCUUGGGAAUGAUGCUCUGCACCAGUUGACAUCCUCAGGAGACUACGAACUCCGGGUGGAUCUCCGUGCUGGGAAGGAGUCCGUCUAUGCCACAUAUCAGAGUUUCCGUGUAGACCCCCCAGCUGACUAUUACCGCCUGCACCUGGGCAGUUACAAUGGCACAGCAGGGGAUGCAUUCAGCUACCACUCGGGCAGUGUUUUCUCCACCCGAGACCGGGACCCCAACCGACUCAUCAUCCCCUGUGCUGUCUCGUACCGUGGAGCAUGGUGGUACCGCAAUUGCCACUACACAAACCUCAAUGGGCUCUACGCAAAUAAUCGGGAUCACCAGGGUGUCAACUGGUUUAACUGGAAAGGAUUUGAGUUUUCCAUCCCUUUCACCGAGAUGAAACUCCGGCCCCGUGGCUUCCAGCCUUUGCGGCGGGCGUGAGCAAGGGGAGGAAGUCGAUGAAUUGACUGAGGGGGAGAGCAGCAGCCAAGGAGGAGGAGGAGGAGGAGGAGAAGAUCUACCCCUUGCUCUCCUCAAUGGAACAAGUCACACCCCCUGCUUUAAUGCCCCUUUUUCCAUCCUGAGAAAGUAGGAGGAGGAAGCCAAACUGAGAAAGGCAGUGGACAAAUGUUUUUUUU